GUGGGGUGAUGAAUUUAGUGUCUUACGAUCACCUCAGUCAGUGGUUUUUCGAGACGGAAGUUGGCCUAUCCCUGGCGAGCGGAUCCCAGAUGUAGCUGCGUUAUCCAUGGGCUUUUCUGUUGAAGAUGACCUUUCCUGGCCUGGACUUGCAGUGGGUGAUCUGUUUCACAGGCCGCGAGCUACCGUGCUGGUGACUGUGAAAGGAGUGGACAAGCUGACAUUGCCUGUGAAAGGAGUUUCUUACCCUAUUGAGAAUGCUGUUCCUUUCAGUCUUGACAGCGUUGCAAAUGCUAUUCAUACGUUGUUCUCUGAGGAAACUCCUGUAGUCUUGCAGCUGGCCCCCAGUGAGGAAAGAGUGUACAUGGUGGGUAAGGCAAACUCGGUAUUUGAAGAUCUUUCCGUCACACUGCGCCAACUGCGAAACCGCUUAUUCCAGGACAACUCCAUUCUCAGCUCCCUUCCUCUAAACUCCCUCAGCAGAAACAAUGAGGUUGACUUGCUUUUUCUGUCCGAACUACAAGUCCUACAUGAUAUUGCAAGUCUGCUGUCUCGACACAAGCACUUGGCCAAAGAUCACUCGCCAGACCUGUAUUCUCUGGAACUGGCUGGCUUGGAAGAGAUUGGAAAACGGUAUGGGGAAGAUUCUCAGCAGUUCAAGGAUGCUUCUCAAAUUCUUGCAGACUCUUUGCAAAAGUUUGCAGAUGAGAUGUAUAAUCUCUACAGUGGAAAUGCAGUAGUAGAAGUUGUGGCUGUAAAGACAUUCAAUUCUCCCCUCAUGAGGAAGACUCGCUCCAUUCUCCAGUCCUCGCAAGUGAGCGAAACAGACAAUCCAUAUAACCUUGCCUAUCCUUAUAACUACAACUACGCUGUAAUCUUCAACAUUAUUCUGUGGAUGAUGAUAGGUCUUGCUUUAGCUGUGAUAGUAAUCUCCUACAACCUCUGGAAUAUGGAUCCUGGGUAUGACAGCAUUAUUUAUAGGAUGACAAACCAGAAGAUAAGAAUGGAUUGAACUACUCUGUAUUCCAGCACAGGGAAAUGAUGAAGACCUAUUUUAAAAGUCAGUAGCAGCACCUGACUGGAUUUGCAAAUUGAAAUCUGCCUGUUUAAAAGGAAAACAAACAAAUCUAAUUGUUAUUAAGGUAACGUCAUUCCAUUUUGUUGCUGCUGUUUUGGUUUUUUUUGUUUUUGUUUUAAUCAUGUUAUAAGAGUUUCAGAGAUGCCCUGUACUGCCUGUGACUGUGUGCAAAACAGAUGAACUGAAAUUAUGGUAGCAAGAUAUUGUUUGGAAAUUUUACACUGGAGGAUUAGAAAUUAUAGCUAAAUUGUUGUGUUGUAUAUUAUGAACCAGUUGUAAAUGUUUGUUGUAAAUAUUUAUAAUGGCUAUAUGUACCUUUUGAGAGGAUAGUUAUUGCUCUUUAGUAAAAUAUUAAAUACAGAAAUAUUUCUACAAGACUAGGAUUUUAGCUGCGCAAAGGGCAUUUUGACCUCAUGGUGAUGGCUCAAACAUGAACUGUAGGCAGAAAGAUGCUUUGCCUAGAACUUUAAUGACUUGGAGAUAAAUAACACUAGUGUGGCUGGUCUAUACAGUGGAGAGUCUAUAAAUACUGAAGUAGCACCAGUCUGAUAAUAGUUUAAUGUCUUGUACAGUUAAAAGUUCCUACUAUGAUGCUUCAUAUUCCUUCCAUUUGUGUUGAUGUUAUUUAAAAAAAUCAACAGAAUUCUUUUUGAUGGUAAGAAUGGACCAACACUUGAUUAAAUAUACCUGGAUUAUAGUCCUGCUUCAAUUACUCAAUAAAACAAAGAACAGUU